CCUGUCUGUCAAUUAUACUUCCGAGCUGUGUUUUCCUGCUGAUUACAGCUGCCUGUAUAUUGGAAGGUUCUUUCCUUUUUUGGCCUGAAUGUAUCGGACCUCUUUACGGUCUGUUUCAGGCCCUCGUCUCGAAGAUGUCUGCGUCUCCUGUCUAGCCCGUGGCUUUCAGAUCCGGACCCGUCAAUGCCAAUUGUACAGUACAACGACUCCUCCAGUGGCUCAACACAAGGUAGCAGCUAAGAAGGACUCUCCUACACCUACCGGCGCAUCAUCCAAGAUUGCGCCACCAAAAAAGACUUCUCCGCCAAAGAAGACUGCUCCACCAAAGAAGUCUGCUCCGCCAGAAGAGACUCCAAAAGAAACUGCUCCUCCAAAAGAGCCUGCUUCUCCAAAAGAGACUUCUCCGAAAAAGACUGCUCCUCCGAAAAAGACCGUUCCUUCAAGAAAGACCUCUCCGUCAAAAAAGAACACCCCAGUUAGAAAAUCCAACGCCAGAAAUUCCCCUAGAAAACCUGAUCAACUGGUUACCGAUAUCCCGCCCAAGUCAAGCCCUCGGGUGCGCAAGAAUCUUGAGGAUGGAGAAGUUGCUCCUCGCAAUGCUGGCACCUCGAGAAAGAACACUCAAACGCAACGCGUGCCCCGAGUGCCUAUCAGAAGAGUACUAGUUGCAGGUUCAGCAGCAGCAGCAGCAGUAGCAGGAGCAAAAAGGUUGCCGGCUAGAAGGAAGACGACUAAUACACCUGCAUCGGCUAGAUAUGCCGUUAGAAGAACCGUAUCAUCACCAUAUCGCUCAACUACCACUUACGAUUCCUCGGAAAUAAAACCCAAAUCUAAGCCGCAGGAGCUCACAGAGUUGCUUCCUUUACAGUCUGGCUCUAUCAGCGCAAAGAAUUUGAUUGUCACUCGUGAGUUAUAUACGUAUCAUAUUCGUUCCUUCGGUUCUAAUCGUGCCAUAGCUUUGGAAUACGAGACGGGGCCGGUUCCUCGCUUGUCUUUCGGUCUUGAAAGGGUUCUCUUCAACCCCGGUGUCUAUCAUCUUCGAGACCCUCGUUCCCGCGUCUAUAACUUCGAUCCGUAUCUUGGUUCAAUCAUGCCCGUCAGCGAGUUCGAUUUCACAGCUCUGAAAGACUACAUAACCUCGUCCAAGGAUGAUACUCUCCGCUCAAUUGCGGUAAAGGAAGGAAAGAAGUUUAUCGGCUCAUCGUCGAGCAUGACAUCGGUCCUCUCUCAGUUCCAUUACCUCCUCUCUAACUGGCGGGGCAUCAACGCGAGAACCCUUUCCCAAGGGUUUCGUGAUCCACUGCGCUCUUUUACACAGCUUCUGCGCGCCCCAAGUGCUAUGUUUCUGCAUUACCAGGACGGCGUAUAUGCCAUUGAUGCAGACAAGGAAUUUGACAAUGCUAACAUUCUCAUGAACCUGGGCAAGUCAAUGGAAAAGCUGCUUACUUUGCCCAAAGAAGAGUUUGAGCGCUAUCGACGCUCUAGCAAGGAUAAGAUCUCACAAGAAGAGGAACAAGCUAUACCUGAGGCUUAUCACUAUUCGACGAUCGGCGACUUCAUCAUGAGGUCACAGCUUGAUGCCUAUGAUCCUAGGCUCCCAGGGACUGGCAUGUUCGAUCUCAAGACCCGAGCUGUCGUUUCCAUUCGAAUGGACGCACGCGACUUCGAGAAUGGCCUCGGUUAUGAGAUCAGACACCGUUAUGGGGACUAUGAGUCUUACGAGCGAGAAUUCUUCGACAUGAUCCGUGCUGCUUUUCUGAAGUACUCCUUGCAGGUGCGCGUUGGCCGCAUGGAUGGCAUCUUCGUUGCCUUCCAUAACAUUGAGCGGAUCUUCGGUUUCCAAUAUAUCAGCCUGCCGGAAAUGGAUCAUACGAUACAUGGACAGGUGGAUACAUCACUUGGUGAUGCUGAAUUCCAACUCAGCUUAUCCCUUUGGAACAAGGUCCUCAACCAUGCCAUUGAAAAGUUUCCUAAACAAUCUCUUCGCUUUCAUUUCGAAACCCGUGACGCAUUGACCACAUUCAUGAACAUUUACAUCGAACCUGUCUCCCAGGAAGAGAUCAAUGCUAUUCAGACAAAGAACAAAGCAGCCAUCGAUGCCUAUCAACAGCGCAUACUGAAUUUGACACCUCGUGAAUAUCAUGGUAGUUCGGCUACAACUCAACCGAGCACGGAACCCGGUUGUCAAGGUGAGAAGAUGGAGAACUAUUCUCCUGCCGAAGACGGGUCGCCUGAAGAAGCCGAUGAAAUGCAACAAGAAGGGAAGGAACUUUUGACGUUAGUCCUCCAAAUCAAGAACAAGGUCAACGGUGUUGAGGUCGAGCGACCUAUGUUCUUCACCUCAUCAGAUGAAUGGACCGUCGAGUAUGAACUAUCUGAGAUAGCCGAUAAGACAGAGGAAGAGCUCCGUCUUAUGUAUAGGCGUUGUCGAGCACGCCGAGCGAAGGCUCUCAAAGGACGAGGCGAGGAUGAAGCCAAUGUUGCAACCAACGUUUAUAUUCGAAACCUUCGCGAAAUCACAGAGAGGGGACGCGAAUUUCGGAAAAGAGAGAACAAACUUGACAAAGAAAGAGGGAUCGUCGUUCUGGACGAACCAGCAACUGGUUCAACAUGAUGCCCGUUUCUGAUAUCCUCCAUGUAAAUAGAGGAUAUGUGUACUAUUAAGUCUGUAUAGUGGGGGUCGUUAUAUAGAAACCCGGGGUUCCUCUGGGUUUGGGGUUCGGUUUGCCUUUGCUUUAGACAGAACACUACUCUAGGUGCUCUAUGUCCUACUUCUCUAUAUGUAUACUCAUGGUGUUAUAGACCGGUCAUGUGGCCAGUUGGGUUCCCUGAAAUGGAAAGAAGCAACUCUUUCCAUAGCAGCAGUCUUAUUUAUACCCUACAAGCUCAUUCAGACUAAAAACUCUCUAAUACAACAUAUACUCUACUCUGC